AUGAUGAAACAGAGCCAUCUUCUUCCUUCAGGUGCUUAUUCAGACCAUCGCUGCUCCCAGCUGCUGGAAGCUAUGCUGAAAGUAGUUCCAACCAACCUUUACCAACACCAUUUCAAUCUCUCCAGGUUUGUGAAUGAUUUUAUAAACAACAUGAAAUUUAACAUCUUCUUCACAUUUAACCGGUUGCCAUUGCGACUACAACACCGAGCUGCACAACUAGCCAAGUACACCAACCUGAAGGAUGUGCUCUUUCCCACUUAUUCUGAUGAACAAUGCAUUCACCCUUUGGAAAAAAGUUUGGCAUUUUAUGACCGAUCCCUUGAGGAAAAUCCAGAACAGGUUGCAGCUGUCCAUUGCAUUGUGUCCGGGAUCUCCAGGCCCGCUCCAUAUCUUGUGUUUGGUCCUCCAGGAACUGGGAAAACGGUUACUAUCGUAGAAGCUAUCAAACAGGUGCUGCGCUGCAUCCCAACAGCACACAUCCUUGCGUGUGCACCAACCAACAGUGCCACUGACCUCCUGUGUCAAAAACUCCAGAAACAUGUGGAGAAACGGCACAUUUACCGCCUGAAUGCCGUAAGUCGGAACUGGGACACCAUCCCCCAAGACGUACAGACAUCGGUUAUCUCCUGGUGCUGUGACCAGCUGGUCAGUGUCAGUGUGAGCUGGAGCCUGACCAGUGAGUUCUCCUGUAGGCUAUUCCGGUACAGUGUGCAUUUGAGUCAAGAUCGAUCGAACUUUCCACAAUCUCCGAUCCAAACCCCUUUCCAUAUCCCUGUGGCCCCUCCGCCAGCCGAGUUCUCUUGCAGAUUCGAGAUUGGAAGCUUAUUCCAUAUGGAGACAGUUACUCCUCCUGUGAUUUUAGAGUCACAUCCCAGUAUUCUGAGGAUCCCCAACGAAUUGUUCUACGAUAAUGAGCUGAAAGCAGAAGCCGAUACGUUAAUCAGUCAUUCUUACUGUCAAUGGCAACACCUGCCAAAGAAGAACUUUCCAGUAAUCUUUCAUGGACUUCUAGGAGAAGAUCAGAGAGAGGAAAAGAGCCCAUCCUUCUUCAAUCUUGACGAGAUCGAUCAAGUCUUGAACUACCUGAAGAAGCUGCUAACCAACCAGGGAAAGAAGGGUUUUGCCAAGAUUUCACCCAAAGAAAUUGGAGUCAUUACUCCUUACAGGAAACAGGUUGAGAAAAUCCGCGAAGCGAUUAACCGAGUGGACAAGGUGCUGAAGGUUAUGGAUAACAUCAGAGAGUUGAAGGUGGGGUCUGUCGAGGAGUUUCAGGGACAGGAACGAAAAGUGAUUAUCAUCUCCACAGUCCGCAGCUGUUCCGAUUAUUUACAGAUGGACGAGGACUUCAACCUAGGCUUCCUCAAAAACCCAAAGCGUUUUAAUGUUGCACUGACCAGAGCCAAGGCCCUGUUGAUAGUGGUGGGAAACCCCAUUAUCCUCAGCAAAGACCGAAACUGGAACAGCUUCCUGAAUUACUGUGUCAAUAAUGAGUGUUACACUGGCUACAAUUAUGCAAGCGAUGAUCUUGAAAGUGACCUUGUCGAAGGCCUUGAAAAGCUCGGCCUGGACCCUGACCCAGCAGCAGAUCCUGAUACUCUCAGCAUCAUUCAGCAGCAACUGGAACCUGAAUGGAGAAGUGAAGUUUGAUGGAACUGAAUCUUAAACAUGAAGACAGCAAUAACAUUGCAAACUCUGAAUGUCUAAAAUUUGACUGGGAGAGCUGCUUUAGUCAAAUGUUUAUAUUAAUAUAUAUUUGUAAAAUUUGAGAAGAAAAUUGAGUUCUCUUAAAAAGAUCAAGUACUUUCUAUAAAUUGUUUAAUUUCAAAAUUGUGAAUUUUUAACUAUUUUCUACAAAUGGGACCUAUGAUGUGUUAUGGUAAUGCUGCAUUUCUGAAUUCUGCUUUUUCCAAUGUGUUGAGGUUCUGCUCUGCAGGGUACUGGUGUGGAAAGUCCAUCUUCAAACUGCCCACGUAUCAAGAUGAAGUCUGCUACAAAUCCUGACAUAGUUUGGGGACUUGUAGCUGAUCCCUAGUUCCACCUCUGACCUGUGUUGCGCUGGCUUAUUCUCAGCAGCAGGGUUUGCUGUAACUGACCUCAGCAAUUUCGGGGUCAUCUGCAGUUCCUUAUCAACUUGCCUCCUUCCACCUUGGCACGUUAUAGACUGCAGAACGUAGAAUGUGACCCUCCUCUCCUUGCCAACCAUGUCCAAAUAGCCACUCUGCUGAGUUGCUACUGGUUGGGCCAUGGGCAGUGUGUUAUUUGUUUUGAACCCAUGCUCCAUCCUGAGCCUUGCUGGCAACCUAGCAUUUGUGGAUGAAUUGAUACAGUCAAUCAUAAACUGUGAUGUUUACCCACACCUACUGUCUGUUUAAUUGCUGCUUGUUGCUCAGCUCAAACUUUAGAAAUGAGUGACAUACCUUAUGCUCCUUUAACAAAGAAGCUGCCUUUACCAGAUUCAUUAUUGCUGAUCUUCGUAGUUAGCAACAAUAUACAGAUUCACUUACAAAUUGAGGGUGUGCAUGUUAUCGAAGGCAUCUGUAAUCUGCAUGUAUUUGUCAGAAUGCGCAGGUUCCUGUAAUGCACUUCCAAUGACUGACUGCUUUGUCUGCUUCCUACUUCAGACUUGUGGGAGGAGAUUUGAUUUUGCUAAAGUUUGAAGAUAUUGGGUGGACACCCAUUAUACAUCUGUGAAACGGAAAAGGCAGAGAGACACACAAACAGAUGGCUGAUCGGAAACCAUGCAAAGUCAGGAUGACCAUGUUUGUGUGUCUGUUUAUUCCAUCAGCAGCUGCUUUCUCCUGUACAGCCAACUUCACAAACAAGGGGGGAGAAAGUAGUAAGAAGCUUAAUCCCAGGUGUUGAAUGUGUUCCUUGUUUGGUCUCUCACACCCAGCCACUCGUUCCUUCAUUAUAUAAUUGAUGUGACUGAUCUGGUAGCAGUCUUCUUCACUGGGGUUUUCUAGAUGAAUAAUUAGCUUGUUUUGUCUGUGGCAUACCAUUUGAAAAAAGAUGCAAUAUCUGGAGAUCUCAAUAAAUUUUAUAAAUAUAUAUAUAUAAA